AUGUUCAGCUCUACGAGAAGGACGGAGCGGUGGAGGGCGGGGGAGAGACUCCAAUGCCCAGCGGGCCCUGCGCGGGUGGCGCUUGCGCGAAUCGCGGACGGGGGGGCGGUCGGGCCAUUUAAAUGUGUGUUUGUGGGUGAAAUGGCUGCGCAGGUCGGAGCGGUUCGCGUAGUACGGGCGGUGGCGGCGCAGGAGGAGACGGACAAAGAAGGGAAGGAGAAACCCCAUGUUGGGGUCUCGCAGCGGGGAGUGAAGCGGCAGCGCCGGGCGAGCAGCGGGGGUUCUCAGGAGAAGCGGGGGCGGCCGAGCCAGGACCCCCCUCUCGCUCCCCCUCAUCGGCGGCGUCGCAGCCGCCAACAUCCCGGGCCGCUGCCUCCAACGAAUGCCGCCCCAACCGUCCCGGGCCCUGUUGAGCCUCUGCUCCUGCCGCCUCCGCCGCCACCGUCGCUGGCGCCCGCCGGGCCCGCCGUCGCUGCCCCGCUCCCGGCCCCGGGCACCUCGGCCCUCUUCACCUUCUCGCCCCUGACGGUGAGCGCGGCCGGGCCCAAGCAUAAGGGCCACAAGGAGCGGCACAAGCACCAUCACCACCGCGGCUCCGAUGGUGAUCCCGGCGCCUGCGUUCCGGGCGAUCUCAAGCACAAGGACAAGCAGGAAAACGGCGAGAGGAGCGGAGGGGUGCCUCUGAUCAAGGCCCCUAAGAGAGAAACAGCAGAUGAAAAUGGUAAAACCCAGAGAGCUGAUGAUUUUGUCUUGAAGAAAAUAAAGAAGAAAAAGAAAAAGAAACAUCGAGAAGACAUGCGAGGAAGGCGCCUUAAAAUGUACAAUAAGGAAGUGCAAACCGUCUGUGCCGGCUUGACCCGCAUCAGCAGAGAGAGUCUCCCCCAAGGACAGCUAAAUAGCACUUCAGGACUUAAUAAGGAGUCCUUCAGGUAUCUGAAGGAUGAACAGCUGUGCAGAUUAAAUUUGGGCAUGCAAGAAUAUCGGGUGCCCCAGGGAGUACAGACACCUUUUACAACGCACCAGGAACAUUCUAUUCGCAGAAAUUUCUUAAAAACAGGUACUAAAUUUAGCAACUUUAUUCACGAAGAACACCAGUCCAAUGGUGGUGCUCUUGUCCUUCAUGCAUACAUGGACGAACUCUCAUUUUUGUCUCCAAUGGAGAUGGAGAGAUUUUCUGAGGAGUUUCUUGCUUUGACAUUCAGUGAAAAUGAGAAAAAUGCUGCCUGCUAUGCUUUAGCAAUAGUGCAUGGAGCGGCUGCUUAUCUCCCAGACUUCUUGGACUACUUUGCUUUUAAUUUCCCCAACACUCCAGUGAAAAUGGAAAUUUUGGGCAAGAAAGAUAUUGAAACAACCACCAUUUCAAAUUUUCACACUCAGGUCAACAGGACAUAUUGCUGUGGUACCUACCGAGCAGGUCCUAUGCGGCAGAUAAGUCUUGUUGGAGCAGUAGAUGAAGAAGUUGGUGAUUAUUUUCCAGAGUUCCUUGAUAUGUUAGAAGAAUCACCAUUUCUGAAAAUGACUUUGCCCUGGGGUACACUUUCCAGCCUCCAACUACAGUGUAGGUCUCAGAGCGAUGAUGGGCCUAUAAUGUGGGUAAGGCCGGGAGAACAGAUGAUCCCUACAGCAGAUAUGCCAAAGUCGCCCUUCAAAAGACGACGAUCAAUGAAUGAAAUUAAAAAUCUCCAGUACCUACCUCGGACAAGUGAACCCCGAGAAGUCCUCUUUGAAGACAGGACAAGAGCUCAUGCUGAUCAUGUAGGUCAGGGGUUUGACUGGCAGAGUACGGCUGCUGUUGGGGUUUUGAAGGCUGUACAGUUCGGUGAAUGGAGUGACCAGCCUCGCAUAACCAAAGAUGUGAUUUGUUUUCAUGCUGAGGACUUUACUGAUGUUGUACAGAGACUUCAGUUAGACCUUCAUGAACCUCCAGUUUCCCAGUGUGUACAGUGGGUGGAUGAAGCGAAACUAAACCAAAUGAGGAGAGAAGGCAUUCGCUAUGCUAGAAUUCAGCUUUGCGACAAUGAUAUCUACUUCAUUCCGAGAAAUGUCAUUCAUCAGUUCAAAACAGUGUCAGCAGUUUGCAGCUUAGCCUGGCAUAUAAGGCUUAAACAGUACCACCCUGUUGUGGAAGCCCCUCAAAACACAGAAAACAAUUCCAACAUGGACUGUGGUUUAGAAGUUGACUCCCAGUGUGUGAGAGUAAAAACUGAAUCUGAGGAAACAUGCACAGAGAUGCAGCUUUUGACAACUGCUUCCUCAUCUUUCCCACCGCCAUCAGAACUUCAUCUACAGGAUCUGAAGACUCAGCCUAUUCCAGUUUUCAAGGUGGAGAGUAGACUGGACUCUGACCAGCAACACGGUCUGCAGGAACAUCCAAGCACUCCUGUGUGAUAUGUACAUAUUCAAACACAUUUUUUAACUUUUUUAAAUUUUGAUGUGAAGUUAUAGUUUUAUAACUGGCCUAAGUUAAGUUUUAUUGGAGAAAUCUUGCCUAUAAUUCUAUAAAGAGAAAUGACAUUCCAUUAAUGUCGAGCAUAUCUUUUUUACGCAGAUUAUGCAAAGCUAAGAGUUGUAUCUUAUCCCGUAGUACAGUAUGUAAUAGUGGGUCUGCUGCUACUUUCUGUUUUAAGGUGUGAGGUUACAGUUCAAUCUCUUCAAAUCAAAACACGAAUUCUCUGGAAUAGCAGGUUCUUAUUUGGUAAAUUAUUCACUUCCCUUGAUUUUAUCUUUCCUUGUCUCUUGCCAUAUUUGCUUUAUGUGGUAGAAAGUAGAUUUAUGAUUUAGUACUUGUGUCUUCAAGGCACCUUGUUAGUUUCCACAGUAAAAUGGCAUUGGUUGCAGGAAAGGCUCCUGCAUCUGGUACAUGGACAAGUAAAGUUAUUUAGUUUCAACUCAAAGAUAUGGUUUCUAAAGAAAACUGAGUGGCUCUCUGUUUUUUAGCAAAAGAGGAAGCACCGCACUUUCUGACCCAGGCUGUCUUUUUGUGUCCGUUAUUUAAAACCCAGUGGAUAUUUCUAUUAAACAAAAUUCUAAAGAUGAAUAUUUCUUGGUUAUUCAUUAUCCAUGGUUCAUUAAUCUUUUCUAGGCUAUAUGGUAACUAUGGAGGCUAUUUUGAGCAAAAGAGAUAAUGUUGAUCCUUUGUUCUGCUUCCUAGUAUCCUCACAUUUCCUGUGGAUACUUUUCCCAAACAGAUCACAAAUAUCAGAGUUAAAGAAUCGUGCCAGUCUCAUUGAUGAGGGUUGCCAUAUCUGAGCAUCAAAUAGAAGAAACUAUUCUUGUGACUUGGCAUCUACUUUUGGAACACUUUACAAUUUUAUCUGGCUAAUACCUGGGUUUGUUCAUUGUUAUUCUGUGUUGCUAUUUUCUGAUAACAGGCAUUAGACUUCCAUCUUACUAGUUUCAGGGAAGCUGAAACUUAAUGUCUGGAUAUUUACUUUGUUUUCUUUCUUCAAACAGGCCUCCUUCAUAUAAGCAGUGUGGUCUUUCUCUUAUUUUAGGAUGUUCAAGUGCUAUGCAUUAUACUUUCUCUUAGUUAAUAACUCAGUAGGCCUUUUGUUUACUAAAGGAAGAGUACUCCCCACACCUGAGACCAGAUUCUUGUAUCUACCUGGUUACAGUGCAAUUUGAUUUUUUUUUUUUUCCUGGAUGGUGAGAUUUGAAAUAUUUGCAUUAACAUAGGCAAAAGGUAAAGAUGCUGCUUUAUUAUGUCUGUCACCAUGGAAACUUAGCUGCAUCUUUGGAAAUAUCAAAUAUGAAUUUUCUCUAAAAUAUUCUGAAAUAGGUUAAAUCUUAUAUAAAUAUUACUUUGUGCAAUAUUGUUGUGUAGUUAAAUGCAUAUUAGCAAAGUAUAGAGGUCACUGUGUAAACCGAUAGAAAAGUAACCAUCAGCAAAUACUACAGUGAUUAGUUAGAAACUGUAUUAUUCCUUAUAUAUAUGUAUAUGUAUGUAUUCUCUGUUACAAAGGAUGAAGACAAAUAAAUAGGGAAACACUUCAAUGUAAACCAUUUAUGAAUCGGAAGUGAUGUUGCUUUUAGUUAUCUUUGUAAAUAAGGUAAUUAGAAUGGUAUGAAAGGUAAUGUGAUUAUUAAAGGGGUGUUUUUAAAUCCUGUGUAUAAAUUUUAGGGUAAAUUCUAGUUUAUCAAACUAGUUUUUAAGGGACCUUUGAGGGUAUUUUUUGUUGUUAUUUUGUGGAGAAGGGGUUUAUCAAAAAAUGAAUGGGCUUGGGUUAUUUCUUGCUUUUAUUUUUCUGUCCAGAAGAAUUUCAUAGAGCUUUACCAGGCUGUGCAAAGAAAAAUUCUUCUCAGGCAACAUUUGCUUUAAAAAAUAAUCAUGAAGAGAAAAAGUUGUUAACGCAAAAAGUUUUAUUUUGUUUUUCUUGUCUUCCAAGAUCCGAUUUCCCCAUCUCCCACUUGCCAUCCAGCAGAUGCCAUCUGUCAUCUAAGCUGGUCAUUACUAAUAAACAAGGAGACUGUCUCCUGACAGCCA